CGGUGCCCGUGGCGCUGUUCGCGCGGGGCGGUGCGGACGUGCUGGGGAAGUACCACGGGGAUGCGGAGCGCACACUGAGGCUGCUGUUUGAGGAGGCCCGCCGCCGCGCCCCCUCCAUCAUCUUCCUGGACGAGCUGGACGCACUGGCGCCCCGCCGCUCCGUGGCCGCGGGGGGCACCGACCAGAUCUACGCCUCCGUGGUGGCCACACUGCUGGCGCUGAUGGACGGGGUGGCGGACAGGGGGCAGGUUGUGGUCAUCGGCGCCACCAACCGCCCGGACAACCUGGACCCCGCACUGCGCCGCCCGGGCCGCUUCGACCGCGAGGUGGCCUUCGGGCUGCCCGGCCCCGCGGACCGUGCGGCGGUGCUGAGGGUGCACACGGCGGGCUGGAGGCCGGGGCCGCCGGGCAGGGAGCUGCUGGAGAGGCUGGCGGCGGCGACGGAGGGGUUCGCAGGUGCGGAUUUGGAGGCGCUGUGCACCUCGGCGGUCAUGGCGGCGGUGCGCCGGGCCUGCUCACCAUCACGUUCUACCUCCACCACCACCACAUUCACCACCACUGCCUGCGCGGCUACUGCGGCUACAGCUACCGUCACCCCAGCAGCAGCAGCAGCGGGUGCGGGUGCUCUGUGCGGGACCGCUGCCUCCGCCGCGGGUGCCCUUGAGGAGCUCAUGCGGCGGAGGGAGCGCUGGCAGCAGGCGACGGAGCGGCGGCGGAGGGAGCGGCAGGAGCGGCAGCGGCGGAGGGAGGAGGAGGCGGUCAGGGUAGCGGAGGCAGCGAGGGCAGCGGAGGUGAAGGUGGUGAAGGUGUCGGAAGGGAAAGAGGAGGGGGCCGCAGGUGGUGGCGAGGGUGCGCGGGCGGUGAGGGAGGAUGCGGUGGCGGCGAUGGAUGUGUGUGGCGAGCAAGAGAGGGUUGCUGUGGUGGAGGGGGCCGACUCGGCUGCCGGCGGAGAUAGCACUGGAGGUGUGGGCGGGGGCGGCGAGGGGGGCGAUGUGGAGAUGGCAGAG